AUGGAAUGGAAAGCAGAAUAUCCAAAUGGGUUUGUGUCUCAUUUGGAUGGUACAGGAUCUAAACACUGCCGCCCCUUGCUCAUUAAUUCAGAAAAGGAAGAAAGAAGGUCAAGAAGAAGAUUCAGGUUCCAGGAGCGUUGGUGUGAUAAAAAAGAGGUAUCCAGAGUUGUUAAACAUGCUUGGGACUUGGAAGUAGUGGGUUCACUCAUAUUCAGAUUGGCUGUAAAACUAAAACAUUGCAGGCAUAAAUUGUUUGAAUGGCAAAAAUCAGCAGCUUCAAACUCAAAACAACAGAUCCAAAGUGUGCAGGGAAAAUUGGAAGAAGAAAACGGAAAAAGAGCAACUGUAGAUGGCACAGUAAUAAGGAUUUUGGAGGCUGAGUUAGAGGAGAACUUGGAGCAGGAAGAACGAUUUUGGAAAGAAAAAUCUCGGGUGCAAUGGCUAAAUUGGGGUGACAAAAACACAAAAUUCUUUCACUCUAAAUUUCAGUCAAGGUGCCAGAGGAAUAAAAUCCAAGAACUCGUUGAUGACAGUGGUAAUGUGGCCUCUGAUAAGUAA